AUGUUACAAGAAGAUAAUGCUCAAAGAGAGGGAAAAAAAUAUGGAGGCAAGGUCACCCUCCUUGUGUUGGUGAUUUGUUUGGUUGCUGCUACAGGUGGUCUCAUCUUUGGUUAUGAUGUCGGAGUUACAGCAGGGGCGACUACAUCAAACGAGUUUCUAAGGAAGUUCUUCCCAUCAGUGUAUAUAAAAAUGAAAUGUGAAAUGGAUAAGGAAGAUGGGUACUGCAAAUUUGAUAGCCAGAUGCUUACAUUGUUCGCCUCCUCCGUUUAUAUGGCAGCAAUGGUAGCUCCCAUCUUCGCUUCUUCAGUAACGACGGCCUAUGGCAGGAGAACCUCAAUGAUUUUGGGAGGUCUGGUCUUCUUUGUUGGAUCACUCCUAGGCGGUGCUGCCAUGAACAUAGAGAUGCUCAUCAUUGGUCGUUUGUUGCUUGGUGUUGGUGUUGGCUUUGGAAAUCAGUCUGUUCCAGUUUAUCUAUCUGAAAUGGCACCAACAAAGCUUAGAGGAGCACUAAACAUUUUUUUCCAAAUGGCCAUUACAGUUGGUAUUCUAGUUUCUUCCCUUGUUCACUAUAGCACAGCCAACCUUGGGGGUGAUUGGGGCUGGAGAUUUCCUUUAGGCUUUGCAGCCAUUCUCGGAUUAAUCAUGGCUCUUGGAUCUCUAUUACUUCCAGACACUCCCAAUUCCAUUCUUACAAAAGGCCAAAAUGGCAAGGCAAAGGAACUGUUACAAAAAAUUCGCGGGACGGAGGAAGUGGAAGAGGAGUUUCAAGAACUUUUUAAAGCAAGUGAGGCUGCAAAGAAAGUGGAAAACCCCUGGAAGAACAUCACAGAAAGAAGACAUAGGCCUCAACUUGUGCUUUGCAUUCUCAUUCCAUUCUUCCAGCAGCUCACUGGCAUUAAUGUUGUGAUGUUCUAUGCACCUGUUUUGUUUAAGACUUUGGGUUUUGGUGACCGUGCUGCACUGAUGUCGGCAGUCCUUGCUGGCAUUGUUAAUGUCCUUGCCACAUUGGUUGCCAUCCUCUUAGUUGACAAGCUAGGGAGAAGGUUUUUGUUCUUUCAAGGUGCCAUACAAAUGAUUAUUUGCCAGACUACAGUAGCCGUCAUGAUAGGCCUGAGGUAUGGGUCCACUGGUGAAGGAUUCUUUACAACGACAGAAGCCAAUACGGCCUUGUUCUUAAUCUGUGCUUAUGUAGCUGCAUUUGCAUGGUCUUGGGGUCCAUUGGGGUGGUUGGUACCCAGUGAAAUUUGCCCCCUAGAGAUUCGAUCAGUAGGACAAGCCAUCAAUGUCUCCCUUAACAUGACGCUGACCUUUGCUAUUAAUCAAGGCUUCCUCUCUAUGCUUUGCUACAUGAAGUUUGGUCUCUUCUUCUUCUUUGUAUUAUUUCAGAUCAUGAUGACUAUUUUCAUAUAUUUCUUUGUGCCCGAGACGAAGAGAGUCCCAAUUGAGGAUAUGAAGAGAGUCUGGAAGGCACAUUGGUUUUGGCAAGAUUUUGUACCAGAUUAUUAG